UCUGGAGCCCGGUCCCUGUAAAGGGCGUCGCGAUGUGCGUAGACUGUGUGGAGAAGGAAUAUCCCAACCGGGGUACCAUCUGCCUGGAGAAUGGAUCUAUCUUGCUCAACUUUACAGGCUGUGCAGUGUGUAAUAAGCGGGACUUUAUGAUGAUCACCAACAAAUGUUUGAAAGAAGAGGAUGGAGAAGAAAUUGUUACCUAUGAUCAUCUCUGUAAGAAUUGUCAUCAUGUAGUAGCCAGGCAUGAGUAUACAUUCAGUAUCAUGGAUGAAUUUCAGGAGUAUACCAUGCUGUGUCUGUUAUGUGGCAAAGCCGAAGAUACUAUCAGUAUUCUCCCUGAUGACCCCCGACAAAUGACUCUGUUGUUCUAAGAGUCCUGCAGUUCUGUUGUAAUUCUGUUGUUUUGGUUACAGUAUAGCAAUUCUCAUGGCUUGUUUUAUGUAGAUUAUAAUGGAAAUUACUCACUUUUUUUUUCUGUUUAGACUCACCUAUUCUUUGAAAGGAAAAGUAAUUUGGGGGGUUCUCUCUAGAGCUGAGCUCCUCUGCCAAAGUUAGUUUAUAUUAAUACAUAAAUUGGAGAGAAUAGAUAAAUCUCCCAUACUUCAAAUAAUGUAUGUAAAUACUCUCCA